CCUGAGCCCCAGGUGGGCCGGGCUGGAGGAGUUGGCGGCGGCGGCGGCGCGGGCGCAGCCGGCCGUUGCCUGUGUCCAGCUGCUGACGUUCUUGCCCGGAUCCUGGCCUCUUGGUUGCUCGGGGCUCUCCGACCACAGCGCCCAGGGUAUGUAACAGCCAUGCCGGUGGACACGCUGACUCCUGCCUCCCGGGAUCCUCCCGCCCCCCAUUUCCGCCUUCGGACCAAGGUCCCUGGGUACCUGCUGCGGAGGCCCACGGAUGGUGGCGCCCGGAAACCCAGCGCCGUGGAGCGCCUGGAGGCCGACAAGGCCAAGUACGUCAAGAGCUUGCAUGUGGCCACCACCCGCCAGCAGCCCGUGCAGCCGCUGCUGUCCAAGCAGCCCCUCUUCAGCCCGGGGACUCGGCGCACGGUGCUGACUCCUAGCCGGCGAGCUCUGCCUGGGCCCGGCCGCCGGCCGCAGCUGGACCUGGACAUCCUCAGCAACCUCAUUGAUUUGUGUGAUAGUCCCGUGUCUCCUGUCGACACCAGCCGUACCCCCGGAAGGGCCGAGGGAGGCCGCCAGGUGCCCCCAGCCACCCCUCCACGCCCGCCGCCCAGCACCGCUGCAGUCCGCCGAGUGGACGUCCGCCCCCUGCCUGCCUCCCCUGCCCGGCCCUGCCCAUCUCCAGGCCCUGCCCCAGCCGCCAGCCCAGCCAGGACCCCUGGUUUGCAGCGCUCCAAGUCGGACCUGAGCGAGCGCUUCUCCAGGGCAGCUGCGGACCUGGAGCGCUUCUUUAACUUCUGCGGCCUGGACCCCGAGGAGGCGCGGGGGCUGGGUGUGGCCCACCUGGCCCGGGCCAGCUCCGACAUCGUGUCCCUGGCAGGGCCCAGCGCUGGGCCAGGCAGCUCGGAGGGCGGUUGCUCCCACCGCAGCUCUGCCACGGUCGAGGGGGCCCGGGAGCGCGUCCCCUACGGGGUGUCGGUGGUGGAACGCAACGCGCGCGUCAUCAAGUGGCUCUACGGGCUGCGGCAAGCGCGGGAGACCCCGGCGGCCGAGGGCUAGGCUCCGUGGCACCCUCUGCCCCCUAAGCCACGGGAGAGCCUGCAGCCACGUGGGGCCCAGCAGACCAUGCUGCCCUGCAGAAUUUGGAACAGAGGCGAAGGCUCCAAGGCAAGCCUGCUUUCUGCCCGGGCAAGGACCGUCCCUGGAGAGAGUUGCCUGUUGACCUUGGGCCAACCCAGCCUCUCCCAUGGAGGGGUUUUGACAUGACUGUCCCCCUGCUUGGUUUCUCUCUGGGUUGAGCUUCAGGUCACUUGGAUUCAGAGUGAGGGGCAGAAGACUGUCCCCCAGCCCGGGCUACCCAUCAGCUCUGCUCCCUUCUUCCUUUCCUGUGUCUGCCCUGGGCCAACUUCCCCUGGGGGCCCUGGCUCCGGGGCAGUGGGGGCAGGGAGGAGUGGUCCAGCCAGUCCUGGCAGUGCGGCCUGGCCUGGCCUGGAAGGGAGCGGACCGGAGGGACCGGAAGGAGGCUGCCACUGCAGCAGGCGCAGCUCUGCCUUCCCUUCUCUAGGUGAAUAAACACAAAUGCUUGUUUUUCAAAGG